CCGGCAGCGGGCUGGGCUCAGCCCCGGGGCCGCCAUGGCGCUGCCCUCCGUGCACCGCUGCUUGCAACUCGGUGCCGAAAAUGAGCAAUUACUCAGGAAGAUGAAAAAGCUACAAACAAAGAAUAAGGAGCUGGAAGAGGACUUGGCUCAGAUUCAGGGAGAAGGGCGGCAGCGGCAGUUAGCACGUGGUCAUGUCACCAGCAGGGACAUUCAGAUUCAAACAGACACACACGUAUGGCGUAAGGGUGGAUACAGCAAGAAUCUUAAUCUAGAGGGUGAAAGUGCCAGACUACUACAGCUGUAUAGUAAUCUACAGAAAUGUUACGUUAAGGAAAUGAAAACAAACCGGGAACAAAGUGAAACAAUUAGAAACCUCACUAUGAAAAUUUGUGAGCUAGAGCACAGUCUUCAAGAGCAGAAGCAAAGGAUUGAGCAAUUGGAACGUAAUAAGGUUUUGUGGAAAACUCACGCUGUUUCUGGGAAAAGAAGUCGAACCCUAGGGGGAGAAAUAGUGUCUCACAGAGACACAUCUAAAAAGGAGGAGUCGUGCUGCAGUAAAUACAUAGAGCUGUUGCUAAAGGAGAUUAAAAAGCUGAAGAAAGAAAAUGAAAAGUUGUCUGAGGAAAGGAGAGCACUAAGGAAGGAAUUAGCUGGAUUAGACAAGAUAUCCUUUGAACUUGGAUUGUUUCCAUGUUCUGUUCCUGUGUUGCUGUAUUUUUGCACGGGAGAGUCUGUGACAGUGACAUUAUUUCCUUGUCAAUUUUGGAUUGCCAUUUCCUAUCUUUCUGACAAGCCAACUUUUUUUUUCUUCCUUCUAUUCGUGUCUCUUGUAUCUUUCCCAUUAUCAGUCUCUAUUUCAGGCUCUGAAGUAACUUAAAUUGUGCUUGCGUUCCCUCUCAGGGCAAAGCUUUUAAACUAUUUCACAUGACUAUAGUGGAUGUGUGCUGUGUUUGCAGAACUUGGCCCUAUCCUAAUUAAAACAGAAAGUGUCUGAACGUGGGAACAAGAGAAACCCUGACCAGCUGUUAUGGAGAAUAUCUUCAAAGAAACUGAGGUGAUUAUUUUUGGGUUUUUCUAGGAGUUUUUCCAAGAGAUAGAAGAUCUAAAGCGCGCUGUGCAGGAAUCUGUGAAACUGAAUAAUCAGUAUGAGAAGUGCUUGAAACAAAUAAGU